AUGAAAGCUCAGCAACAACAGACAUACAAGGGGAUCAGAUGGCAAGUAAUAUUUUCCUUCUUAUUUAUCUACUUGUAUCAUUCAGUGUCUGGUCAGCUCCAUUAUUCAGUUUUUGAAGAAAGUAGAAAAGGAUCUGUAUUGGGAAACAUUGCAAAAGGUCUUGGAUUAAAUGUUAAUGAUCUGUCAUCUAGAAAAUUUAGAAUUGUUUCUCAUGUCUCAGAGAAGUACUUUGCUGUAAAUUUAGAAAAUGGGAAUUUAUAUAUUAAAGAUAGGAUAGACAGAGAAACAUUGUGUGGAUCAGCAGCAACAUGUACUCUUAACUUUGAAGCAUUGGUGGAAAAUCCUUUAAAUGUUUUUCAUGUUAAUGUUGAAAUUCAAGAUACUAAUGAUAACCCACCAUGUUUUCCUGACAAAAUAAUUGAAGUAAAAAUUAUUGAAUCUGCAUUACCAGGAGCACGGUUUAUUUUGCAAAAUGCACAUGAUUCAGAUGUGGGCAGCAACUCAUUAGUGAGCUAUAAGCUUAGUGAUAACCAACAGUUUACACUGGGUGAAAAGACCAGCAAUGAUGGAAGCAAAACACCAGAACUUGUGUUAGAAAAAUCUUUAGACCACGAGACACAGAACAUAUAUGAACUAGUCUUAACAGCCUCUGAUGCAGGAAAUCCAGUUCAAACUGGAACAGCUCUUAUUAAAAUAAUAAUUACUGAUUCCAAUGAUAACUUCCCUGUUUUUAGCCAAGAUGUCUAUAAAAUUAGCAUACAUGAAAACAUGCCAAUAAAUUCCUCAGUGCUUUUUGUAAAUGCAACUGAUAAAGACGAAGGUUCAAAUGCAGAAAUUUCAUAUUUCUUUAAAACUAUUUCAGAAAAUGCUCAUAAUAAGUUUAGCAUUAAUUCUAAAACAGGAGAAGUCCAAACCAAAGCAGUAAUAGAUUUUGAGGAAGCAUCAUAUUAUGAAAUAUCAGUGCAAGCAAAGGAUGGUGGUGGCCUUGUUACUCAAUCAAAAGUAUUAAUACAAGUUAUAGAUGAAAAUGAUAAUGCACCUCAGACAUCAAUUUCCUCACUCUUUUCACCAAUUCCUGAAGACUCCCCAAUUGGAACAGUGGUGGCACUAAUCAAAAUUAAUGAUCAAGAUUCAGGAGAAAAUGGUGAGGUUGACUGUCAAAUUACAGACAAAGAUACUUUUAAAUUAAUUCCGUCAUUUGGUAAUUAUUAUAAAAUUAUUACAAUAAGUGCUAUGGACAGAGAAAAAGUGCCACUUUAUAACAUAACUAUUAAAACCACUGACAAGGGAUUUCCAGCAUUAUUCAACAGCAAAGCCAUAACCCUGGAAAUUUCAGAUAUAAACGACAAUCCACCAGUCUUUGAUAAGUCUACGUACAUAGCCUUUAUUACAGAAAAUAACACACCUGGUGCUUCCAUAUUUAGUAUACAUGCUUCUGAUGAGGACAUUAAUGAAAAUGCAAAGCUUUUUUACUCUAUAUUUAAUUCAGAUGGUGAAGAGGUUUCUGUAUCAUCUUACUUGUCUAUUAACCCUGUGACGGGAGUUCUCUAUGCACAACGAUCAUUUGACUAUGAGCAGCAGAAGGACUUUUCUUUACAAAUAAUGGCCAGGGAUAAUGGAUCUCCAUAUCUCAACAGUAAUGCAACACUCAGGAUAUGUAUAGUUGAUCAGAAUGAUAAUGCACCUAUGAUCCUUUAUCCAGCUGCAAGCGAAACAGGUUCUACUUUGAUUGAGGUGGUUCCUCAUUUUUCUACUGAAGGUUCAUUAGUAACUAAAGUGGUAGCAGUGGAUGAGGAUUCUGGACACAAUGCUUUUCUUUCAUAUCAUUUUAUACAAUCAUCAGAAACAACACUUUUUACCAUUGAUUAUCGUACGGGUGAAAUCAAGACAGCAUGUGCUUUUCAUGAGAAAGAUACAUUUCGACAAAAGGUUGUAAUUAUGGUAAAGGACAAUGGAAAUCCCUAUCUCUCGGCUACAGUAAUUUUACAUUUGGUUGUUACAGAUAAUUUUCAUGAGAUUCUACCAGACAUCAGCAACCGAGUAAACAAUAUAGACUCUCAAUCAGAUUUGCAAGUUUAUUUGAUAAUAGCAUUGGCACUUAUUUCCUUUUUAUUCAUUUUAACUAUUUUAAUAGUAAUUAUAUCAAGAUGUAAGCUUUCAAAGUCUUCUACAAACUUUAGUUCUUUAAACACAAAUUUAUAUUCUCAAGUUGACCCCAGAUUUCUUUCACAGUAUAACAAUGGAACAUUGUCACUACCUUACUCAUAUAAUGUUUGUGUAGCUUUGGAUUCAAAUGAAAGUAACUUUACAUUUAGAAAGCCAGCUCAGAAUAUACCAGUCGAGAAUCUGAUUGAUGCUGAUUCAGAAAUUGGAAAAGAAAGUAGUUCGGAUCAGGUAUGUGUUAACUUUUUAUUAAAUGUUAUUGAUUUUAGAUUGCAUAAACAUGUUUAA